UUCAAAUCAAAUCAAACUACCACCACACAGCGUAUGGCGACGGAGCAGGAGGGCACCACAGCCCACCAGCGGCACGGCGGCGGCACCAUCACCGACGCCCUCUCCCUGUUCGCCUCCCGCCUCUCCCACCACAGGUUCGGAGACGAGGAGCUCCGGGUACUGGAGGCGGCGCUCUCCGCCGGCGGCGACGUUGCCGCGCUUCUCAGCACGCGCUCGGCAGCCCGGAAACUUCUGCGGGAGAGCGUGGCCGAGGUGUGCGCCGCAGCUGCGGUCGAGGGGGACGGGGCGAGGCUCUCCGUCGCCGACUUCUUCGCGCGCGCCUUCGCCCUCUCGGGAGAUGUCGAGAGCUGCCUUGCUAUGAGAUAUGAGGCGCUGGUUCUGCGAGAGGCCAAAUACUCUGACGACCUUGAUCUGCAUGUGUUCCAUGAAGAAUGGUUAACCUUUGCACAGGACUCUCUUGAUAAUGGGUUCUACACCAUUGCUUCCAAGGCUUUUGCAAAUGCUCUUGUGCACAUUCAUCCCAGCCACUUGGACUCUACUAAUUCGACUCUGAAGAAGAACAAGGUCAAUGAUAUAAGAGGACUCCAAACCUUGGCCAAGUCAUUAUCUGCACAGCGUUCUGUUCAGACGCAAUCCGCUGAAUACAUGAAAAGGAAAACUUCAGGCGUUAGUGAAAAGUGCAAUUUACACUCAGAAAAACCGAAGUUACCGGCGAACUUGAUGUUUAGGCUGGGGAUCAAAACAAGGGACACACAAAAACUACUUCUUAGCCGCAAGAGAAACUUAGAAGAGGUUUGAUUUCGAUCAUUGUCAGUGUGGCAUCUUCCCAAGACUGAAAAGAGUGUCUUGAUCAUCAUUCCAAGUUAUUUUGGUACAAAAGGUGAAUUUCAUGCCUUAGUUUUUCUUGUCGUUUCCCACAGUAGCUUCGAAUUUCCUAGUCUAGUACUUAUUGAGCAUAUGCAGCAUGUAACAUCAAUAUAUAUAUAUAUAUAUAUUGUUUCAUCACAGUUAUUGGCUGGAUCUUUACAGGCUACCUAGAUAGCUGGGGUUGUUCCUUUCCGUCAUUAACGUUUCUUCAUUAAAUACAUCCAUACCUCUGUAUGUGUCUCCUUCUCAGAUUGCAAUGAUUAGUGCUUUGAUCAAAAGAAGGCCACUUUGAUCUUUUUCUCUGUAAAAUAACUAUGCCAUGGCAUACGUCUUAUUAUGCAAAACGGAUAUGUGGGGUCUCUGUUGAUAGCAUGUGCACGACAGUCAUGUUCAUUUUCUUUGGUAUCAUGCAUGUGCUGGGUGGAACUCCUGUUCCAUAUCUUUUACCACGCCAUGCACAACUUAACACCUGUUCCCAGUAAGUAUUUUUCUUACUUUGAUAGCAUUGGAUUCCUGAAAUGAAAUAAUAAUGAUUAAAUAAUCACCUCUUGCUUGAACUGAACGGCCAAUAACAGGCAAUGACACAAAAAUAAGAUAUUGCUGUAAGCUUACAGCAUAUCCAACAAUACAAUCUUUAAAUGCAUAUUGCACUAGCAAUCAACAACAACAACAAAGCCUUUAGUCCCAAACAAGUUGGGUUAGGCUAGAGAUGAAACCCAUAAGAUCGCACAACCAACUCAUGGUUCUGGCAGAUAGAUAGCUAGCUUCCACGCACCCCUGUCCAUGGCUAGUUCUUUUGGUGAUAUUUCACUCCUUCAGAUAUCUCUUUAUAGACUCCUGCCAUGUCAUCUUUGGUCUACCCUAACCUCUCUUGACAUUAUCAACACGCUUUAUCCGUCCACUAUGCACUGGAGCUUCUAGAGGCCGGCGUUGAAUAUGCACAAACAAUCUCAGACGACGUUGGACAAGCUUCUACAAUCGGUAUUAGCCCAACUCUAUCCUGUAUAUCAUCAUCCUGGAUCCGAUCCUUCCUUGUGUGGUCACACAUCCAUCUCAACAUGCGCAUCUCCGCUACACCUAACUGUUGAACAUGUUGCCUUUUAGUCGGCCAACACUCAGCGCCAUACAACAUUGCGGGUCGAAUCGCCGUCCGAUAGAACCUGCCUUUUAACUUUUCAGGCACUCUCUUGUCACAUAGAACGCCAGAAGCUUGGCGCCACUUCAUCCAUCCGGCUAUGAUUCGAUGGCUCACAUCUUCAUCGAUAUCACCACUGCAACAUUGACCCCAAAUAUCGAAAAGUUGUCCUUCUGAGGUAUCACCUGCCAUCAAGACUAACCUCAUCCUCCUCGUGCCUACUAGUACUGAAACCGCAUGUCAUGUACUCGGUUUUAGUUCUACUAAGCUUAAAACCUUUGGAUUCCAAGGUUUGUCUCCAUAGCUCUAACUUUCUAUUAAUUUCCCGUCCGACUAUCAUCGACUAGAGCCACAUUAUCCGCAAAGAGCAUACACCACGGGAUAUCUCCUUGUAUAUCCCUUGUGACCUCAUCCAUCACCAAACUAAAAAGAUAAGAGCUCAAAGCUGACCUUGGUGCAGGCCCAUUUUAAUCGGGAAGUCAACAGUGUCGCCAUCACUUGUUCGAACACUUGUCACAAAAUUAUCCUGCAUGUCCUUAAUGAGGGUAAUGUGCUUUGUUGGGACUUUGUGUUUCUCCAAGGCCCACCACAUGACAUUCCGCGGUAUCUCAUCAUAGGCCUUCUCGAAGUCAAUGAACACCAUAUUCAGGUCCUUUUUUUGCUCCCUGUAUCUCUUCAUAAUUUGUCGUACCCAGAAAAUGGCUUCCAUGGUCGACCUGCCAGGCAUGAAACCAAACUAAUUUUUGGUCACGCUUGUCAUUCUUCUUAAGCGAUGCUCAAUGAAUCUCUCCCAUGGCUUCAUUGCACUAGCAAUGUUUUUGUUAAUUGUCUAUUGCACAAUCUGAUUAGAUGAAGUGUGCUUAUCCAAUAACCAUGUAGGAGUCUGCUUCAUUAUC